AUGAUAAGCCAAGAAAGUUUUGCAAAUUUGAAAAAAGAAGGCAAAUUUUUAGAAGCUAUUGAAAUUCUUGAAUUGGAGCUUGCUGAGCAAAAACCUGAGCUAUGGGGAUAUGAAAGUAACGAAAUCAGUAAAACCCUUUGUGAAUUUUGCAAUCUCUAUGCGAUGAGUUUGAUGCAACAAAACAAAUUUGACAGCUCUUUGACUUAUUUAAGGAGGGCUGAAUUUUUGUCUGAAAGACUACCAGUCAUGAAAGCUGUAACUUAUAAUAACUUAGCCUGCUUCUAUAGAAAACAAGGAAAACAUAGAAUUUCGCUUAAAUACCUGCAAAGGGCGUUACUGCUAGAACCUUCUGGAGAUAUUCAUUUAAAUUUGUGUGCAGUUUUAAGUCAGAUUGGAAAGCAUGAGCAAGCCUUAGAGCAAGCUAUGCACGCAAUUAUUUAUCUGCAGGACGAGCUUUUCGAAGCUGCAUAUGAGAAAAAGCAAAGUGUUAUUGAUGAAAGAGCUCCUAUUUUGGCGGUCGCUUAUCAUAACUUGGCUGUAGAGCUUGAAUUUUUAACUUUCCUUCUGGCGAAAGAAAAUAACGUGGUCUCAUGGACAGAAAUUGGUCUCCGAGGUGUACUCCUUAUGGAGCAGGUCAGACCAUCAUGAUGAAGUUGAAAGCAGGGCCACUGCCCUUUUUGAAGUAGAUCUUCAGGCUUGGGAAUGCCUUGCCGAAGAGGGAAGUUUUGUUUCUCCCCCGAAGGCUUUCCUGUCCUUGCAAGAAGGGCUACUUCUCACGUAGUAUUUGUCUAUCUGGACUAUUGGGGAUCCCUAUAGAGGGUGGUUCUAAUUUAUGGCUAAUUCUUAGGUUAGGCUAGCUUCACUAGAAAUUCAAGAGGGUGGAAUUUUUGAAUGGCCUUGCACCUUUUGCAUUGGGUGUAUAUGCACCCAGAGUAGGUCGCUUUCCCUGGAGUCAAGGUAGUCCAACUAUUGGGAAGCCUGCUUAUGCUAACCUAAUCUUAACCUUCUGACGAGCAACCAAAACAUUGAAAUUCUACUUUUUAUUAAAUUAGCCCAUCUGUGCGUGUGCAAAAACUUUUUAUAUGAUUGUUUGAUAUAUAAUUAAUACCAAUUUUAUUAAUUUUAAGUAUCAAUUUUUAUAUUAAAGCACUUUUACCCAAAAUUGUAUAAAAAAAAAAUAUAAUACAAUUCAACCUCUCUCUAUGAGUGAGAAAAAAUUCUACCCAGUCCUGAGGUAAGAAGAAUUACAGAAGCUCAUUCAUAUUAUAUGAAAGCUGUAGCGUUUGCUAAAAAGCAUUUGCCUCAAGAAACACAAUUAAUAGAAAACCUUGAAAACGUCCUUGAAAAAGUCCUUGGAAAAGGCAAGAGGAUAAAAGUUCCAGCUUUGCAGCUCAAGAAAACCAACAGACUUGUUCUAAAAAAUAAAAGUAAAUCUCCAUUUGGUGACAGAAAAAGUGUCAGUCCAAUAAUGGGGACUGGAAGAGCCCAAACCCAAAGGAUGCUGCAAACUUCUCCAAGUAGACUCGAUGAAAUUAGAGGACUCGCUAAAACAGCUGAACAGCUGAAAAAAUACGAAGAUCUGCCUGUAAAAAUAAAGCAUCCUGAACAAGUUAAAGACGCAGUUUCAAACUUCCGGCAGAGAAAAUAUAGAAGCUCUCUAGGAAUUAAGCCAAAUGUAGAAGAAAGCAGCUCAAAUGAGGCUGAAAAUGAGGAAAACUAUAAUAUUCAAGAAAACCGAUAUGACCUGCCAGAAGAAAAACAAAGCAAUCACGAAGAUUCUUUGCAUAAGAGCCACAAAGACUCUGCAAAUGAAAGCGAAAAAGAAAUAGAAGAGCCUCCACAAGUGAUCCCUGAUAUUAUGGACAACUUUAUCCAAGAAGACUUAUGCAGUUUUACUAUAAAUAGGCUAGGCGAUUUCAAUAAAAAGGGCUUUAUUGGGCAAUUCAUUGCAAAACACUAUAGAAUUAGAAGCAAAAAUUGAAGCUUUAAAAAAUAAGCAAAAAAAAGAGGAAAAUUUUUCAGAUGAAGAUGAGGCAGAAAUCGCAAUGAAAAUAGCUGAAGAAGAAAUAAAUAAAUUAAAUAGUCUGAGCUUUGAAAAAAGCAGAGACAAAAGAGAUAAGGAAACUGAUGAAGAUGAAAUUAUGGAGAGCCCGAUAACAGAAUUGCAUGAAAAGCAUUCAGUCCAGGAGAUUAAUGAAGAAAUCCAGGUAGAUAUGAUUGAAAUUAGCACUGAAAAAAAAGAAAUUGCAGAGAGCAAGGAUGAAAUUCAGGAGAAAUCACAAUCUCGGGACAUUUACUCAAUUGACAUAUAUGUGCCUACAAUAGAGGAAAGCCAUAAGGCUGAAGAUAAGCCAAAAUUGAUCGUGCAAGAAACCUCGCAUUUUGGAGAAGGCAGUAAUAAGGAGCUAGCAGUUAAAUUAGAACCUGAAAAUGUCAGUCAUGAAAAGGUCGAAGAAGCUAUUAUUGUGCAAAAUAAAAUAAACGAAGAAGAAAAAGAAAUUCACGACACAGAAAUGGACCCUCAGGGUGAAUCAGAUGUAGAACUUAUGAAUCCAAAUGAUAAAGAAGUUACCCCAAUAGCUCAUAUAAUUACGAUUAGCGAAAUAGAGAAAAAAGAAAAAAAUGAAAAUAAAGAAAAAGAAAAUUUAGCUCAAGAUGUAAUAGAAACAGAAGUAGUCCUUUCCAGAAAAAGCUCUAAAGCAAUAGAAACUGUAAUAGAGGAACAGUCAUUAAGUAUUCAAGUCAUAGAAAAUGUAUUGGCAGAUGACAAUAAAGAAGAAAUUGGCGAAAAAAUGAUCGAAGAGCCUCAAAUUACUGAAAAUUUGCAAAGCAGUUUUCAUGAAAAUAAUCCAAGUGAUCUUACAAAUAAAAGCUUUCAUGAAUUUAUAUUAGAAAAAUCUAUUGAAAAUGUUUUACAGAAAGACAAAGAAAUCGAUGAAGGUAAGCCUGCUUUCGAAAAUAGCCCAGAAAAUGCCAUUGAGGUAGUAGACGAAAACAAGCCUGAACUAGAAAUCAUCAAAAUUCCUUCUGAUAAAGACCUAAAAAUUAGUCUUCAUGACUCAAACCCAGAUCCUCCAAUACCCCUUCAAAACCCUGAAAUAAUCCCAGAAGCUCAUGAGAGCCUAUCUUCAAAUUCCCCAGCACCCCAAGAUCUAUCCCACAGAACUUUAAUCCAAACCCCUCUUUUCAUUGAGUCCCAAGAAAUUUGCACAUCAAUCAUCUCCAGCAUUCUGGACUCCCUUUCAGCCUAA